AUGGCGAGAGCGGUGGUGGCAGCGGCGGGACCGACGUCUCUGUCCCGGUUCAGGGGCGCUCUGGUCGCGGCUGUGCUGGGCGACUGUGUCGGGGGAGAGUUCGAGGGAGUUGAGGAGGUUCCCAUGGAAAAUGUACUGCAACACAUGAACAGUUUGGACGACGAAACGAAGGGAAAUGGUAUCCUUGAAUACAGUGACGACACGGCUAUGGCUCGUUGUGUGGUCCAGUCUUUGCUCACCCGGUCUGGCUUCGAUGAGCAAGACAUGGCUCGCAGGUUUGCAAAGGAGUACAGCAUAUCCCCCGGUCGAGGUUAUGGUUCUGGAGUGAUCCAGGUGUUAAAGAAAUUAGCCUCUCCUCACCUCACAGAUGUGUACCAGCCAGCUAGGGAUCAGUUCAAUGGUCGGGGUUCUUUUGGGAAUGGUGGCGCAAUGAGGGCGGCCCCCUUUGCUUUGGCCUUUCCUGAUCCAGCUGAUGUUAAAAAGUUUGCUCGUCUGGGCGCGAUGCUGACUCAUUCUUGCUCCCUCGGCUACAAUGGGGCAGUGUUGCAAGCAUUAGCUGUCCACCUUGCCCUCCAGGGUGCGUUGGACCUGCCUCAGAUGUUCAUCAACACGCUCAUCACAGAGAUGGAGGAAGUUGAGGGGGAUGAGGUGUCACGCAACGAUGCCAGAAUCCUGAAGGAAGCGGAGAAGCCGUUCUGUCACCGCCUUCAUCGAGUCAGAGAUUUGAUGAACACGAGCAAGGUCACCAUAGAGGAGGUCAUCUCAGAGCUGGGUAAUGGUAUUGCAGCACUCCAAUCAGUACCAACUGCCAUCUUUUGUGUUGUCCAUUGCCUGCAACCAAGGGAAUACCUUCCAGAAAACUAUGGUGGACUGGAGCGGACAAUAGCCUACAGUUUGGCUCUCGGAGGGGACACAGACACCAUAGCCUGCAUGGCAGGGGCCAUCGCCGGAGCUCACUAUGGCAUUGAGGUCAUUCCUCAACCUUGGAUCCGCUGCUGUGAGGGGGCAGAUGAUGCAGAUGUGAAUGCAGAGCGGCUUCACAUGCUCUACCAUCAAGUAUCGCAAGUGAGGGAGAAAAGAACAGGUGACCAGAGCAAUGAAGACUCAUCUGACAACUGUCAAAAGUCUUCAAAUGGCACAGAGAAGUAA